AUGGUAAACUACAGUUCGCUCCAAUUUCGACAGGACUGGCGCCACGCUGUCGACCAGGAGUUUAUCAAUUCAGACGGUCAGCCGUUUCCAUAUGCGCCGGGCGGACAUCAGGGCUGGGGUAAUGAAAUCGCCAAAAUCCCGCUACAGAAUGCUUCGCGAGGCUGCAUCAGCAGCGACGGCAGCCGCAUGGCAAUCGCCGUUGACAAGGACGUCCACGUGUUUGAUACUAAAACGCAUGACACAAUUGCCGUUCUCAAGGCACAUCUAAAGAGUGUGACCAGUAUUGCGUUUCAGCCAAACAACGCCGGUAUUCUAUUAACAAGCAGUAUGGCGAGUUGCACAUGGACGAGCGGCAAGGUAGUGGUUGAGGCGGAUGCAGCAAUUAUUGCUUGGAGACUUGACGAGCGCACAAUUGCCGAGACCCAAGAGGCCGAUCUACCCUCCUCGGUUGUCAAAGCCAGCGCGGCGGCAGCGGCGGCAGAUCUUGCCAAAAGUGGCACCGAACUGCGGCCCGAAGAGUUGGAAGAACUGGAGAGACUCAUGGCACCGAGUAUUCAACAUGUGGUCACAAAGCAUGCGGCAGCGGGCAAGACUCGAAUUCAUGGCAGACUGCAAACAUCCUUUGGAAGCAAUGUAUUCAGCCCAUCCGGUCGCUCGAUGGUGUAUUUGCCAGGCAAUUCUCCAGAGACCAACGACGUUGCCAAGUGGGACAUGUGCAUCUGCUGCACAGAUGAUCUUUUGACCCCAACACUUACUCUUUCAGGCCACACAGAUGGAAUCAUGUGGGUGGGCUGGAACCACGACGAGACGCUCUUCGCCAGCGUCGCUUGGGACAGCACGGUUCGCGUCUGGGACGCCGUCACAGGCGAGACGGUGCACGUCUUCCGCACCGGCGACAGAUGCCAGAAUUGGACGGGUGCCUUUUCUCCCGACUCCAAAUACCUUGCGACAACCGACGGCACCACUCGCGUGCACAUUUACGACCUUGCCGCGCGGCGCUCGGUGAAGGCAGGCGCUGAAGCAACGGAUGCAGCGCACUGGGUGUACAAGGGACCGAAGGAGCGUCGUGGAUGGCAAAGAACGGUGGCGUGGCACCCCAACGGCACUUGGCUGGCGGUUGGCAAGAGUCACGGCGACGAGCUGCUUCUCCUGGACGUCCAGGAGAAAAGGGUCCUCCAGAAGCGGACCUUGUCCACGGCGGCCGCGCACGUCGACAGAGAAGAACUGCGUGCUACACUCGGACACUUUGUCAGCGUCAGCCAGGUGCGAUUCGCAGACGCGGGUCGGAAACUUGUCGUGUGGAAUCAAGGCGACGACAGCAUCGAAGUUUUUGAUCUAGAGAAGGAGCAGAAGUGGCGCUUCGGCCGCGGGGGCACAGAGGAUGUACCUGGCGCGGAAGCCUGGCGCGAUGAGAAUGGCAAGGUGACCAGUCCUAGCGGCAGUGGCAUGUUGGCGUGGGAGAAGGAAUCCAACUUGUAUAUGGCAAGUAUUGAUGGCGAUGCAGUGCGGUUUUGGUCCAUCAGCUUGGAUUGA